AUGAACCCUGAAGACGAGGGCGACGUCGCAGCCUCCCAGACCGACGGGACAAAGACAGAUCCACCCUCAGAAACAAUGUUCACAAUCGAGGAUCCCACACCCAUAUCCUCCGGACCGAAAAGCUACAUCGACCUGAUCAACGAAUGCGACAACUUCCCGUACUAUCAAACCAACCCUAAGCUCUUCUUCGCACAUAUCCACACAUACUACGGCCUCUACAUCGCUGAUUACCCGGAAACGGAGCUCGGAUACAUUCUUCCCUCAGUAGCAGAAGUGUUCCGCGGUCUACCCGACUGGAAGAUUGACGACAAAGACCGGAGUCUUACACUCAUCAGUGGCAGCACGGAGGAGGAGAGGAGUAUAGUCGUGGCUAUGACAUGUAAAGCUCUACGGGCGACGAAUCAUUUCAAGGUACUGAAGGGUUGGAGAAAUGAGCUAUAUCCUGUGUACGGGCCGAACAGAGAGUUGCUCUUCAGCAUCGAGCGAUCAGCUUGCCCGUUGUUCGGAGUGGUGACUUAUGGCUGCCAUAUGACAGCUUAUACACGGAGCCUACGCCAAGCUUUAGCAGACGAGAAGGCCGAAGCAGAUGAGCUGAAGAUAUGGGUACCACGUCGAGCUAUCACAAAGCAGACAUACGGCGGCAUGCUCGACAACAGUGUAGCCGGCGGUAUCGCGACUGGCGAGGUCAUCUUCGACAGCAUGGUUCGGGAAUGUGCUGAGGAGGCCUCGCUGGCGGAAGAUCUUGUACGGAGUCGAGCCAAGGCCGUCGGGGCAAUCACAUACUUUCACAUUCGGGAUGAGCGAGCAGGCGAGUGCGAGUACGUGUAUGAUCUUGAAUUGCCAGAGGAUGUGGUGCCGAAGCCCAGCGAUGACGAGGUGGAGGGCUUCGAACUAAUGACCGUGGAGGAGGUCAAAGAGCACCUGAGGCGAGGCGAGUAUAAGCCGAAUUGUGCUCUUGUGCUCAUCGACUUCUUCAUCAGACAUGGCAUCAUUCCAGCGGAGGAAGAGGGAUAUGUGGAGAUGGUAGCACGACUGCAUCGGAGGUUCGAGUUUCCGACGAUCUGA